GGGGCGCUCUUCCCCAUGACCGGCGGCUGGCCCGGGGGCCAAGCCUGCCUGCCCGCCGCUCAGAUGGCCCUCGACGACGUCAACAGCCGCAGGGACAUCCUGCCCGACUACGAGCUGCGCCUCGACCACCGCGACAGCGAGUGUGAACCUGGUGUGGCCACCAAAUUUCUGUACGAGCUACUCUACAAUGACCCCAUCAAGAUUAUCCUUAUGCCGGGCUGCAGUAGCGUUUCCACCCUGGUGGCUGAGGCUGCACGCAUGUGGAACCUGAUUGUGCUGUCUUACGGCUCUAGCUCACCAGCGCUCUCCAAUCGCCAGCGUUUCCCCACCUUCUUCCGCACACAUCCCUCGGCCACCCUACACAACCCCACCCGUGUGCAGCUCUUCAAAAAGUGGGGCUGGACCAAGAUCGCCACCAUCCAGCAGACCACAGAGGUGUUCACCUCGACCUUGGAUGACCUUGAGGAACGAGUCAAAGAGGCUGGCAUUGAGAUUACCUUCCGUCAGAGCUUCUUCUCAGACCCUGCUGUGCCUGUCAAGAAUCUCAAGCGCCAGGAUGCCCGCAUCAUUGUUGGGCUCUUCUAUGAGACUGAGGCAAGAAAGGUCUUCUGUGAGGUAUACAAGGAGCGCCUGUUUGGCAAGAAGUACGUCUGGUUCCUGAUUGGCUGGUAUGCCGAUAAUUGGUUCCGCAUCAAAGAUGCAAAUAUUAACUGCACAGAGGAGGAGAUGAGGGAGGCGGUGGAGGGGCACAUCACCACAGAGAUCGUCAUGUUAAACCCAGAGAACACCCGCAGUAUCUCCAAUAUGACAUCACAGGAAUUCAUAGAGAAGCUAACAAAGCGUGUGGAAAAAUCUCCUGAGGAGACAGGUGGCUUCCAGGAGGCCCCUCUGGCCUACGAUGCCGUCUGGGCCCUGGCUCUCGCUCUAAACAAGACCUCCACUGAGCUGGUGAAGAAGGGCCUUCGCCUGGAAGAUUUCAACUACAAUAACCGGACAAUAACAGAUGAGAUCUAUCGAGCACUCAACUCCUCAGCUUUCGAGGGAGUCUCAGGCCAUGUGGUAUUUGAUGCUAGUGGCUCUCGAAUGGCCUGGACCCUCAUCGAACAACUACAGGAUGGCGUCUAUAAGAAGAUUGGCUAUUACGACAGCACUAAGGAUAACCUCUCCUGGUACAGCAAUGUCAAAUGGAUCGGGGGUACCCAACCCGCUGAUUAUACAAAAGUUAUCGUCACUUUCCGGUACCUCUCCCAGAAGCUCUUCAUUUCUGUUUCGGUUCUGUCCAGCCUGGGCAUUCUGUUGGCCAUCAUCUGCUUGGCCUUCAACAUUUACAAUGGCCAUGUCAGAUACAUCCAGAACUCACAGCCGUACCUCAACAAUAUGACAGCGGUGGGUUGCGCCAUGGCACAGGCAGCAGUCUUUCCACUUGGGCUUGACGGCCUUCACAUUGGCGUUGGACUUUUCCCCUUUGUAUGCCAGGCUCGGCUUUGGCUCUUGGGCUUGGGUUUCAGCCUGGGCUAUGGCAGCAUGUUCACCAAGAUCUGGUGGGUGCAUACUGUUUUCACCAAGAAGGAAGACAAGAAAGAGCGGCGGAAGACUCUGGAACCCUGGAAGCUAUAUGCCACCGUUGGCUUGCUGGUCGGGAUUGAUGUUGUCAUCUUGGCUAUCUGGCAAAUAGUUGACCCGCUGCAGCGUACCAUUGAGGAAUUCACAAAAGAGGAGCCCAAAAGUGAUAUUGACGUCCUGAUCCUCCCCCAGCUCGAGCACUGCAGCUCCAACAAGAUGAACACCUGGCUGGGUAUCUUCUAUGGUUUCAAGGGGCUGCUGCUGCUACUCGGCAUCUUCCUUGCUUACGAGACAAAGGGCGUCUCUACGGAAAAGAUCAACGAUCACCGCGCCGUGGGCAUGGCAAUCUACAACGUGGCUGUGCUGUGUCUCAUCACGGCUCCCGUUACCAUGAUCCUCAACAGGCAACAGGAUGCAGCCUUCGCUUUUGCCUCGCUCGCCAUUGUCUUCUCCUCCUACAUCACCCUGGUUGUUCUCUUUGUGCCCAAGAUGCGUCGUCUCAUCACCCGGGGUGAGUGGCAGUCAGAGCAACAGGACACAAUGAAGACAGGCUCAUCCACCAACAACAACGAGGAAGAGAAAUCGCGGAUCCUGGAGAAGGAGAACCGUGAACUGGAGAAGAUUAUCUCUGAGAAAGAAGAGCGUGUCUCCGAGCUCCAGCAACAGCUCAAAGAGCGACAGCAGCUGCGCAGCCACAGGCCCCAACCUCUACCAGCCCAGCCUGCCUCUCGUCCGCUGCCUCGUGGUGAACAAGCCGACAAGCUGGGACGAAACAACUGUGACGGCAGCCGCGUCCACCUGCUCUACAAGUGACGGACCUCGCAAACGCCACCAAAGGGAAGGUGGUC